AUGGGUCAGAACCAACUUGAAGGCACUUAUUAUGAUGAAGCUUUUGCUAUGGCUAAUGACCCCUUGGAAGGCUUCCAUGAAGUAAACCUUGCUUCACCUACAUCUCCGGACCUUCUUGGCGUUUAUGAAUCAGGAACUCAAGAGCAGACUACCUCACCAAGUGUUAUCUACCGGCCACAUCCUUCAGCUUUAUGUUCUACCCCUAUCCAGGCUAAUGCAUUAGACGUCUCUGACCUUCCUACACAACCUGUGUAUUCAUCCCCCAGACGUUUAAACUGUGUAGAAAUACCUAAUAUCAGCAUCCAUGUUACAGACCCAGCAUCUUGCUCUACCUCUGGAGUCACAGCUGGGAUAACCAAAUUAACUACAAGAAAGGACAGCUGUAAUGCAGAGAGGGAGUUUUUACAGGGCGCCACUGUAACAGAGGCUUGUGAUGGCAGUGAUGACAUUUUUGGGUUGAGUACUGAUAGUCUGUCUCGUUUACGAAGCCCAUCUGUUUUGGAAGUCAGAGAAAAGGGGUAUGAAAGAUUAAAAGAAGAACUCGCAAAAGCUCAGAGGGAAUUGAAGUUAAAAGAUGAAGAAUGUGAGAGGCUUUCUAAAGUACGAGAUCAACUUGGACAGGAAUUGGAAGAGCUCACAGCUAGUCUAUUUGAGGAAGCUCAUAAGAUGGUAAGAGAAGCAAAUGUCAAGCAGGCAACAGCAGAAAAACAGCUAAAGGAAGCACAAGGAAAAAUCGAUGUACUUCAGGCUGAAGUAGCUGCAUUGAAGACACUUGUAUUGUCCAGUUCUCCAACAUCACCUACCCAGGAGUCUCUGCCAGGUGGAAAGACACCUUUCAAAAAGGGGCAUACAAGGAAUAAGAGUACAAGCAGUGCUAUGAGUGGCAGUCCACAGGACCUUAGUGUGCUGCAGCCAAUUGUAAAGGACUGCAAAGAGGCUGAUUUGUCCAUGUAUAAUGAAUUCAGAUCUUGGAAGGAUGAGCCCACAAUGGACAGAACUUGCCCUUUCUUAGAUAAAAUCUAUCAGGAAGAUAUCUUUCCAUGUUUAACAUUCUCAAAAAGUGAGUUGGCUUCAGCUGUUCUGGAGGCUGUGGAAAACAAUACUCUAAGCAUCGAGCCAGUGGGUUUGCAACCUAUUCGAUUUGUGAAAGCUUCAGCAGUUGAAUGUGGAGGACCAAAAAAAUGUGCUCUCACGGGCCAGAGUAAGUCUUGUAAACACAGAAUUAAAUUAGGAGACUCAAGCAAUUAUUACUACAUUUCUCCUUUUUGCAGAUACAGGAUCACUUCUGUAUGUAACUUUUUUACUUACAUUCGAUAUAUUCAGCAGGGACUUGUGAAACAGCAGGAUGUUGACCAGAUGUUUUGGGAAGUUAUGCAGUUGAGAAAAGAGAUGUCAUUGGCAAAGCUGGGAUAUUUCAAAGAGGAACUCUGAUGCUCUCUUCUCCUGGGAACAUUCAUGAGCCUCCCUGAAUAACUGGAAAAUGGCUGAAUAUUUUUUAUGGUUACUAGGUAUUUAUUUCCAAGAAGUAGUGGGCCCAAGACUUUUUCACUCUUUUGAAAAUUACACGAAGAAGUACUGUGAUUUGUUUUAAACUGAUUUAUGCUGUGUUUGCUUAUUCUGUAGUUCAACACAUUAUAAAGAAGAAUUACAAGUGUACUAGUGAUUGUAAUUUAUAGUUGCAAAAUACAAAAAAGCUAAAUAAAUACAUGUUAGAUUGAA